AUGUAUAAUAUUCCGACAGACCAAACACUUCCCGCCCUUGUUCGUACCCGAACUUACCUCCGCUCGGUGGGACGAUACGGCCCUUCUCCAUUUUUAAUCGGCCACUAUGGCGGUGCUGGAGAGCUCGCACAGGGGUUUUGUAGGACUUGCGCUGUGCAGGGUGGGACGUACGUUUUGGGACGCAAAGUCCUCGAGGUCACACGCCAUGACGGACCUAAGUUGGAUGCAGACAAGGGAAAAGAAGGUGAAGAUAAGAAGAAGAAGCACAAGACGAAGCGACACAUCGAUCGUGGACCAGCUCGAGCGGGAGUCGACGUGUCUUCUACCGAAGUUCAGACCGAAGCUGGGCUCCAAACUCAGACCGAAGCCAGCGAACCUAACGCUCAGAACGAACAAGGUGGAAACAAGGCCGAGAUUCACCCGCCUACACCUACCGGCCCAUACUUUCGAAUCCGGCUCGAAGGGUUCGCGGCACCGUUCACGGCAAACACAAUUAUCGGGUCCGACGGAUGGCUCGCUCACAUCUUGGACGAAUCCAACCACCCGGGGACGACGCCACAUGAACCCAAAUUCGGCAAUACGAUCCGCGCGAUACUUGUUAUCGACGCCCCUGCCACGUUCGCUUCUGCUUCUGAGCAGUCUGUUUCGUCUGAUCAGCCGGCAGGAGAAGAUAGGCUCGAUGAAAGUAUUAUCAUCUUGCCGUCUGAAGAAGGGGCAGUGAGUGUGCUUGUUAAUGGGGCUUCGACUAUGAGUUGUCCAGAUGGCAAAUGUAUAUUGUACUUUACGGCUCAGUCGGCUCAAGACCCCAAAGAAUACUUUGCCAAGUACAUAUCGGCCGUACUAGACGCAUGUUCCCCUCGACCCGAAGUACAUGCGGACCCAUCUCGAGAGUUACCUUCAAGACAAGGGCAACCAUCCUCGUACUCGACAACCCAUUUGACUGAAGGUCCUGAUGCAGCUGCGCGGGAAGCGGAACAGGUGUUCUGGGACGCAUUGGGAGAUCAACCAGGAGAAGACGGCAAGGGGAAAGACGGAGUAGAAUUUUUCGCGCGAAUAGAAAGAGAGGAAGACUUGUUUGACGAUUGA